AUGGCAAACAUGAUGCCCGACAUCACGUUCAUCAAUCGUCAAAAUUUUACCGAGUUGUUCCCUGCAUUUUUGCGAGACCUUAACGACGCGGACUACGUCGCCGUCGACCUCGAGUUUACCGGCAUUGACCAUGAGUCUGUUCCCGACUUUCUCAAACUGCCAGAGGAGGCUUUUUUGCAGAAGAUGGCGGCGGCACGUCUAUUCACUCCGUUUCAGAUUGGCUUUAGCAUGUUCCGCGGCGCCACCGAGCAGGUGAUCAGCGCCGGUGUGGACGCGCCGGGCGCAGGUGCCACGCCUCAAUCCUGCCGCGACGUCAUGCGCUGUGAGGCAAACGCAUUUUACUCAUCAGGAUUGAAGGGGCCGAUGCUGAAGACGAUGAUGGAGAAUUGGGUUUCCAAGGGUCAAGUGGUGCCCAGGGACAUGGAGAGGCUCAAGGAGACACGGCUGGAGGCGGAGCUUGCGUGCAAUGGCGUUACCGAGUCUACCUCUGUGUUUGACAAGUUGCACGCGUUUCGCACCCUUAAUGAGAUUGAUGCGGUCAUUGAGAUUGCUGAGCGGUGGAAGGGCUACACCGAGGCGAAGAAACGGCACGUGUCUGUGCGGAACUACUACUGCUAUUUGCUUCCCGCCCCGGCGAAAGGUGAGGAGGACAGAACAGUGACUCUCUCCUCUGAAACAGUGAUGUUCUUGAUGCAAAACACUGUGGACCUAAACAAAUGGAUCUCAGAAGGACUUUUUUUUGUCUCCUUUGAGGACUACGUUAAGGUACAGCAGGCGGCGUUGUGCAGCACGGAAGCCGCCGACCACGCACGCGUUGUGGAAGAAAGAGCGGCGAUCCUAAGGCGUUGGAUAAAUGCGUUACCGUUUGAAGAUGUAAAAAAACAGCUUUUUUCAGAGUACUCGAAAAUAGUCUCAUUUGCCCGGACCGCUCCCGUGGGGGAUUCGUUGGAAAUACACCUUCCGUUUUUGAGACCGCCGUCGUUUGAGGAAUUUGACAAUCACAUACGAGGACUCGGCUUGCGUCUCGCGCGGAGGACGAUUACAAAGGUUUCGCCAUCCAGGUAUUUGGGUGUGCAGUUUGCGAGGGAUCCCAGCUACUUUGGCACACGUCUCCUGGAGGCCCUGGUGACGGCGACGCAGGGUAGCAAGAAGCCCCUGGUGCUACACAAUGGCAUCUUAGACUUGGCUUUUCUCUGUUGCGCUAUGUUGCGGGAACCACCACGGACGUUAACCAAAUUUAAACGCGUUAUUCGAGACAUGUUUCCUGUAUUAUACGAUACCCGAACGCUGACGGGUGCACCAUCGUUGCAAAAAGUGGGCACUCUAACAGGCACGCUCAAGAGAACCUACCUGACGCUUUUAAAAAGAAAUGAGCAGCUGCAGAUUCACUCCACGUUGUCCUUCGAGGCGGCGGCGGAGGCAUCGAUGAAGGAGCACGAUGCCGUUUUUGAUGCAUUUAUGACAGGAUCCCUUUUUUUGUUUGCGCAGGAGGAACUUGCGCAGGUGGGCUCGGACUUCCGACGACUAUGCGGCAUUACCCCUAUCCACGGCUGCGUGUUCAGCAUAAACUUUUCGGAUGACUCAGACGGCUGUCUUCUGCAUCCCCCUACCGCUCCCAUGUAUGUGAUCCGGCACCCUCCAAUGAUAACACUAAACCCGGAGGGGCUGCGGAGCAAGCUGUCUAUGGUGGUGAAUAGCGUUACAUUCCUGCUUAACGGGGAAUACUGCCUUGUAAAAAUUUGUGAUACGGGGUGUGACAACACUUGUAGGCAGAAAAUUUCCGCCCUGCUCAAGCAGUGGUGCGAGAGUCUCGGGAUAUGGUUCAUGACCCUGGAUGUGGAAUCGAAAGUUCGUGCCCACAAGAUUAAUUACGUGAACGAAAAGGCGUCGUAG